AUGGCUUCUUCAAGUCAAGUUGACCAAGGGGAUGUCACCAAGCCUCUAAAUAACUUUGUAACAAAGACAAAAGGAGUAGGAGUUGGGGUGGGAAUUUUCAAGUCCAAUGCAAGCUCUAAAUUAGACAAUGAGGCUACACUUAUGAUUGAGAAGUCAAAAACCAAAACAGCAUCUUUGCCCCCGCUUUCUAGUGAGAGUCCUACUGCUGAUCCUAAAAAGAGGAAGACAUCUGGAGCUCUUGAAAAUGCAUUCAAUAUGCAAGGUAGAGAGACACUUGAUUAUAAAAUUGCUAGAAUUGGAUAUCAACCUCCUGGUUAUAACAAGUUGAGAACAACCUUGCUAGAAAAUGAAAGAAGACAUGUGGACAAGCAAUUGGAGCCAAUUAGGAAUUCAAGGAGCCAAAAAGGGGUGACUAUUGUUAGUGAUGGAUGGAGUGAUCCACAAAGGAGACCCCUUAUCAAUUUUAUGGCUGUCACGGAGAGCGGGCCUAUGUUUCUAAAAGCUGUAGAUUGUUCAGAUGAGGUAAAAGAUAAAGAUUUCAUUGCCAAAAAGAUAAGAGAGGUUAUAAUAGAAGUUGGACCCUCAAAUGUGGUGCAAGUUGUGACUGAUAAUGCACCUGUGUGUAGGGCGGCAGGUUUAAUUAUUGAAUCUGAGUUUCCUUCUAUUUAUUGGACUCCUUGUGUUGUGCACACCCUUAACCUUGCUUUGAAGAAUAUAUGUGCAGCCAAGAAUACGGAGAGAAACAGUACUGUUUACGAAGAAUGUUCUUGGAUCACAAAAAUUGCUGAAGAUGCUAUGCUUAUCAGGAACUUCAUCAUGUGUCACUCUAUGAGAUUAUCAAUCUUCCAUUCUUUCAAUUCCUUGAAGUUGCUUUCCAUCGCUCCAACGAGAUUUGCCUCCACAAUAGUGAUGCUCAAGAGGUUUAGGGAAUUAAAGAAAGGGCUUCAAGAGAUGGUCAUUAGUGACAAAUGGAAUUCUUACAAGGAUGAUGAUGUUGAAAAGGCCAAACUUGUGAGGGAAAAAUUGUUGGAUGUUAUUGGGUGGGAUAAGGUUGAUUACAUUCUUUCAUUCACUAGUCCAAUCUAUGAUGUCCUAAGAAAAAUGGAUACGGAUGCUUCAACUCUCCAUGUAGUAUAUGAAAUGUGGGAUUCAAUGAUUGAAAAUGUAAGGAAAGUCAUAUACAAGUCUGAAAGAAAGACGGAGUCGGAGGUAUCAACCUUUUAUGAGGUAGUGCACUCCAUAUUAGUUGAUCGUUGGACUAAGAGUAGCACACCUCUCCAUUGUUUAGCUCACUCUUUGAACUCAAGAUAUUAUAGUCAUGAAUGGCUAAGUGAAGAUGCUAGUAGAGUUCGUCCACAUCAAUAUGUGGAAAUUACUCGUGAAAGGAUGAAGUGCUUCAGAAAGUACUUUGUUGAUGUGGAUGUGAGGAGACGUGUGAAUGUAGAGUUUGCAAGUUUCUCAGAUGGAAGAGAAGGAUUUGAUGACAUUGACUCUUUAGGAGGUAAGGGACGGAUUGAUGCUAAAUCUUGGUGGCUUACUCAUGGUGCUCAUGCUCCACUACUGCAACAAGUUUCUCUUAAGUUACUUGGGCGGCCAUGUUCAUCUUCAUGCAGUGAAAUAAAUUGGAGCACAUACUCUUUCAUUCAUUCUUUGAAGAGAAAUAAGAUGACACCCGAAAGAGCUAAAGAUUUAGUAUUUGUUCAUAGCAAUCUUCGGCUUAUUUCAAGAAGUUCUCCACAAUACCAUGAAGGGGAAACCAAGAUGUUGGAUAUAGCGGGAGAUGCGUUUGAAUAA